AUGCAAGUAGAAUGUAAAGGAGAUUUAUAUGAACAAGGGAAAGGACAUUUCUAUUUUAUCCCUGAUGGUUUUGAACCUGUCCUAGUGCCAAACGACAUCAAAGAUCAAACGGUCACCAAUCUGUUGCAAUCCACUAAACCGGUUUCGACAGCACCUAACGUGUCAAGAAUGCUGCUUGACACUGACGUUCGUCUACCAUCAUACGCAUUACCUUGUACAGUUAACAAUAAUACCGACAAUGAUCAAGACGACAAUAAUCAAGAUAACUCGACAACAACCACCACAAACGCUGGCGCUACAAAGAAACCACCACUUUCACCUUCUUCAUUAUUAUUACCCGACAAAAAACCUCCAAGACCACCAAACGCUUUUAUUCUUUAUCGAAGGGCAAAACAACCCUCAAUAUUGGCUAAAAAUAAUGGUGGAAUAUCAAAUAAUGAUGUUUCGAAAGAAAUUGGCAAAAUGUGGCAUGAAGAACCUGAGGACAUUAGACUCAAGUAUCAGAAGAUGGCUGAAACUGCUAAACAGGAGCAUAUGAAAAAAUAUCCUGAAUAUAGAUACAAGCCUCGACGUCCCGAAGAGAAAAAACGUCGUCGCAGUAGUAAAUCUUCUUCUCAAACUCAACAUGAGAACAAUGGUAAAGGACUACUACUAGGUGAAGGGCACGAAGAGUUAAUAAAUAAAAGACACGCAUCUUCAACGUCCUCGACAUCUCCUUCUAACAAUAUCAACAACAGCGAUAGUGUUGAUGCUGAUAAUGACAACGAUAGUAAUACAUUUAUAUUUUAUCAAAGUCCAAUAGAUAAUUUAGCUGCAAUGGACGACAAUCAAAUAUUGACGAAUGUUGUUUUCUCAGUUAGAGAUCCAGUUCCUGAACACAUAAAAAAAGCUAUAACUCAUAAAGUAUUAUCAAAGCAGCAAGAGUAUUUAUCAUCAGAGGAAGAAGGUGAAUAUAUUAGUAGUAAUAAUCAUAGUGAACAUGAUGAUGAUGAUGAUAAUCAACUCAUGUUGAAUAUGAAUAAUGAUGAUUUAAAUAAAGUUAUAAUAGAUGGUGAAGUUGAAAAUCCUUUGACAGUUUCUUAUAAUAAUAAUAAUAAUAAUAUUUCUGAUGAAGAAGAAAAUUUAAUUGAAGUAUUAUCAUCAUCAUUUAAAAAUGAAAAAUCAAAUAAAGAUGUUGACAAAUUUAAUAAAAUAGAUACUACAACAAUUAAAGAUCGCAAUGAAAAGGUUUCAAGAAUAAUCCUGAAUGAAGAGAACAACAACAACAAUGAUAAUGUUGACGAAGCAUUUAUAAUUACAAAGAUUAAAGAAUUGACAACUUUAAAAAAAAAUUUAUUUCAAAAAUUACACGGAGAACAUUUCCAAAGUCAAAUAUUUAUUGGUAAUAAACGUUCUAAAGAACAAUCUUCACCGUCUUUUGGACCAUCGUUUAAUAAAAGAUCCCGUACUUUAUCAGCAUCCACAUCAAAUGGAAUCUCAAAUUCAAAUUCUGGAAAUAUGAUGAUGGGAAGAGCAAGAGAUGACCAAUAUCCUUAUUAUCAUAGAAAUGACUAUCGUCCUGGUCAUCCUCCUUAUAUAGAUCAUCAUAUUCCAUAUGGAAGAGGAUUUUUAAAUAACAAUAAUAUGUCAAGGCGACAAUCUAAUGCAGCUCCACCUUUACCAUCCGGGAGAUCUACAAUACCACGUUCAUUAGAUAGGUCACAUAAUUACCAUAUGGUGUCAAAACAAUACUCAUGGAAUGUUAAUAAUGAUCCUAUCGGACUUUAUACCGAGAUAAGUGAAGGAAGGGAUCUUGGAUUUAUGGAGUUGUUAUUGAUAUUAAAUAUGCCCUUUUCAGGUUCAAGAGGACAUUGUUUGGGUGCUGGCAAACCACCAGUCAGCGCGGUUCAACUAUUUAAAUAG